UCGUUUACAGUCUCCAUUUUCAUAUCUCCUUUCGUCUGAAGUCGCGUUUUCUAGGGUUCUAAUGGCGCCAAAGGCAGAGAAGAAGCCGGCGGAGAAGAAGCCUGCCUCUACGGCUGCAGAGGAGAAGAAAGCUGAGAAGGCUCCGGUUGGCGAGAAGAAGCCCAAGGCCGAGAAAAAGCUUCCCAAGGAAGCUGCUUCUUCUGACAAGAAAAAGAAGAGAUCGAAGAAGAGCGUUGAGACCUACAAGAUUUACAUCUUUAAGGUCUUGAAGCAGGUUCAUCCCGAUAUUGGUAUCUCCAGCAAGGCCAUGGGAAUCAUGAACAGCUUCAUCAACGAUAUCUUCGAGAAGCUUGCUCAGGAAUCCUCAAGGCUUGCAAGGUACAACAAGAAACCAACUAUCACGUCCAGAGAAAUUCAGACUGCUGUUCGAUUGGUGUUGCCAGGAGAGCUUGCUAAGCAUGCCGUUUCUGAAGGGACUAAGGCUGUCACUAAGUUCACAAGUUCUUAGGGUUUCAUAGGUUGUAGUCAUCGUUUUUAGGGUUUCAUCUGGCCCUCUUUUGCUUAAAUUGGGCUCUUUUCUUUGUACGUUCCUUUUACAUAGUUUCCGAUGUACUGCUGCAGUUAGGGUUCCUUGGUUGUAAAGAUUAGGUUUUCCAUUUUAUUUUGUGAUGUAUUUCUCUAGCUUUCUCCAUCAAUGAAUCGUCAUUUUCUUUGUC